AUGACCUUGACCCAGAAAAGAGCUUGCCUUACCCUAGGAGCGCUGGCUAAGAACCUCAAAGACAUUGAUAAUGAUACAGAAGCUCAAAGAAUAAUAGAAAAAUUUGAGACCUGGCUUGGAAUACAUAAUGAAGCGGAAUUUAUGAAAAUAGUAAAACCAAGAGAGAGACGAUCCCUAGGUAGAAAGUAUCACGACAGAGACAACCAUGUAGCUCUGAAGAGAUCACUGAUACAUGUUCUUGGGAACGCUGGUCACCCUAGAUCUCUCCAGCAUAUCACAUCUUAUAUGGAGCUGAAUAAAGCCAACCCAGAGUUAAGGAGGGCUGCUACCCAGGCAUUAAGACAAUUUACUUGUAAUGAGAGUGCUGCACAUCUAUUAAGAUCUACAUUGUUUGACUCUGAAGAUAUAGUGAGACAUAGCGCCUAUGAGAUUUAUGUAGAACACCCUGAAAGUAAACAGCUGACAAAAGAGCAAGAAGAUGCUGUCCUGGCACAACACUACACAUACCAAAUGAUCGCAAGAGUAAGACGAGCGUCUCUAGCUGAUAUUCUAAAGGCGUUAAGUUUCCAUCUUGGCAUGCCAAAGUAUGACUGGAGUAAGACAGUUGGCAGUAGGAAGUUAGGAGCAUCCUUUGGAUUCAGACAGGAAAAUUUUGUAGACUUACACCUAGAGCCAUUCAAAGGGAAGUUUGAAUUGAAAGUAGAUAACUUGGCCUUUGCUGAAGUAAAUGUUGGUCUCAUUGGAAAGAAAUUUGACAUCUUUAAAGUGUCUCUUUGUUACAAGAAAAAAGUGGAAUAUGAUCUUAAUGUGCUUAAGGACUUUGGUUUUGAUGAUAUUCAGAAUGUAGCCACACUAUUUGACAGACUUUACAACAUGAUUAUAGAUCCAGUCUUAGAAGCUGCAAAAACCAUAAAGGAACUUAUUGAGAUGGUGACAGAAAUGACAUUUGUCCAACUUGUCAAGGAAAUCAUAAAAAUAUUCAAAAAUCUCCCAGAUAUAAUUCACAAAAUAGUUGAGUCAGUAGUCGCAGCGUAUUAUAAAUUGAUUGAUUAUGAUGGCUAUCCGUUAAUUGACAGAUUCAAGAAAGUGAUUAGCAGAGUCACAACCUUCAUCAAUGAUGUCAAAUCUGAUGUGUUAGGAUUUUACCAUAGUAUAGCAGAUGCAAUGACAGUUACUCUACCAUUUGUGGCCCAUGAGAUGGGGGAAGGAUUUAUCUUAAUCAAAGACAGCUGGAAAUUUUGGGAAAAUCCUGUGCAAUCAUUUAAUGGCAUUGAAAUGGCACUUCUCAAAUUUAAAUUAGCUGUUGCAACCUUCAUUGAAGCCAAGAACAGAAUAAUGGAUUCCUGUUUUUUUGCUAAAGGACAAACUCCAUACUGGUUCCAUCCUGUAGUAGAAAUUAAAGGUAUACUAACAGACCUGAAGGCUAUAUAUAACAUGACUCAAGAUGAAAUCCAUGAUAUAUACCAUAAUCCAACAGCCAGUUCAAGUCUGUCACCAGAUAUGAUUACUGAUGGGUUUAAUGUUAAUGGAUCAAAGAGGUUCAUUCAAGAGACUAUCAAAGGAGUUGUAGAUGAUAUUAAUUCCACUUUAUCUGGUGUGAUCACUUUGGCUAAACCAUUCUGGGAAAAGAUCUCUCAUCUCAUGGACAUGUUCAAGAAAAUAAAACAUGCAUAUACAUUUCUUCGGGAUGCAUAUCAAAAAGGAAAGUAUUACAUGCAGAAGCUAUUUGGGUCAAAGUUUCAUCGUAAAUUUCCCAAAACUCCUGCAUCCUGUGGGACAAAGUGUGGAUGUGGAAAAUAUCCCAGAGAUAACAAAGGAAGAAAAGGUGUAGAUCUGGCAUUUAAGCCAGGUUAUCAGGUAUGUAUCCCAGAGAUAACAAAGGAAGAAAAGGUAGAUAACAAAAGAAAGAAAAAAUGUAGAUCUGGCAUUAAAACCAGCUUAUCAGGUAUGUAUCCCAGAGAUAACAAAGGAAGAAAAGGUGUAGAUCUGGCAUUAAAACCAGCUUAUCAAGUAUGUAUCCCAGAGAUAACAAAAGAAAGAAAAAGUGUAGAUCUGGCAUUAAAACCAGCUUAUCAGGACGUAGUUAAUCCAUUCCAUGGUAUUGUCCAUAGAAUAAGUGACUCAGAAGUAUUAGUUCGUCCUUCAAGAGCAGAUCUAGCUAUGUAUGAAGUAGUGGUCAGUGGCUUUGAGCUGGACAUGGUAAUUGAUGAAGGUAAAAGAGGGACAUUCAUAAAGGCUGGCAAAAGGAUUGGACUAUCUACAAAAUCGACUGAAUGUGACACUAACUUUUUGUUUGUAGCAAUGAGGAAACGACCAAACAACACUGAAUCUAUAUCGGGUGUACCACCUGAUGGCUAUUCUUAUAUUGAUCCAGCUCCUUAUCUAAAGAAGAGAUUCCCAAGGCCUCGUCACAAGUCAACAUGUAAUGGUUUCUCCUAUUUUUACAUUGGUAUGAAUGCUGAGGAUGGGACAAUGACUGGAGAUCCUAAAGAAAAGAAGGAAAAGAUCAAACGUCCAACUAAGGGAAGUAAAUCAAAGACACCCUUUGGUCAACGUGGUCAAGGAAGUAAAUCUAAGCCAUCUGGUGGUCAACGUGGCAAAAAUCGUCAGGGAAGGUCUGUUGAGAACCAACAAGAACAUCCAACUUGGAUGCAAACUUUUAAGGAGAAAUUUCACAAUAUGACUGGAAAGUUUGAUAAAUUCAAGAAUAUAUUGUCCAAAGUAAAAGUAAAGUCGUUUCUGCCUAAAUUUCAUAUAGAUAAGAAGCCCCUCUCAGAACUCAAGCAUUUGUUAGCUGGGUCUCCAUUGAUACACCAGUUAGAUGUCAUAGUUAAAGAAGUAGCAGACAAACUACGAACAGAACCAUUAAUGUACCCUGAUGGGAUGCCAUUACAACAGAUCAGACGUAAACUGAAGAAAGCUCAUACUACAGUGACAGGAGAUAGACUUUCUAUGAUUGACAAGUUACUGGAAAUGGCUGUGGAGGAUUGUAAACCUUUUGAACAUGCCAUAAUAGCAGGGUAUGGCCACUACUGUGAAGCCCAUGAAGAUUGCCAUGGUAUUACGUGUGGAAUGGUUUUCAGGGAUGGAUUUAAGAGGACUUUGGUCAAGGUGGACGUAAGACUAGACAGUUGUUCUAAUCAGCUACACAUAACAAUAAAGGAUCAAAUGAUUAACUUUACACUCACUUCUCAGAAACAAAUCAUGGUUGUUGAUCUAUCUAAGACAGAGAACACAGAGUUAGUGUUUGAUAUCAGUAUUGAGACAUCAAAUGACACAAUAAAUGUUACAUUAUCUGGAGCAGUGUGUUCUACAACUCAUUACUCAUGCUUUGAAGAUGUAGAACUCCUCAAAGACUUGCCGAUCGAUACCCAAAGCAGUGUGUGUUUCAACAAACAAGCACGAGAUCCAUUUGUAGACCGAGUUUAUUCCUUGACCUUACCUGACCUUUUAGAAGAAGUAUCUGAGUUUGGUUUAGAUAUGACAAAGUGUCUAGUUCUCAUUAAUGAGAUCAGAAAUGCCACUUUGUAUGCUUUGAUGGAAUUGAGAGAGAAAGGCGAACAUGUGGAUGGAGAAUUUCCUGAGAAAGAAGAUUUUUGUUUUGAAGGAAGUCUUCCAUUGGCAGAAUUAGAUAUGCAGAUUAUUAAUCCCGGACCUAAUAAGAUGUUUGGCUUUACUCCUCCUGGUAUAGAGUUCCAAUUCUUUGUUGGACCAGUAGCAUUAGAUUUAGCUUUUGGAGCAACAGCUAGAAUGGGAAUUGAUUUAAAACUAGAGAUGUGUAUCAUGAGUAUGAAAGCUAAAGCUGUAGUAACACCACAUAUUGGUACCAGUGUGUGGGGAUCAAUAAAGGUUGAUAUUGGUUUUGCAUAUGGUGGAAUCAGAUUGGAAGGGCACCUGCUUGAAACCAGUUUCCCAAUCACUGCAGAAUUUAGAUUUGGAAAAUUUCCAAUAAAAUUAGGGUUCCGUCUUGAUUUAGAAAUUGUACCACUUGAGCUGAAACUUCAAGCAUUAGCUAAGUUACGACUAUUGUUUGUUACUGUGACUGUAUUUGAUGCUUGUAUUUGGAAAUAUAAACUACCAACUUAUAAAAUAAAUAUUUUCAACAAACCUUAUGAGAAAAGAGAUCCUAAUCCACCAAGGAUAUCAUCUGCUGCAACAAAUCCACGUCAGAGAAGGUCAAGUCCUGGAGGUUGUGAGGUCAAACAACUUGAAGGUCGUGACAUAACAGAUACAGCUUUUCUUUUAGAAGUAUCAGCUAAGUCUGAUGUCAGUGACAUUACAUUAUCUUAUGCUAUAGGGACACACAGAUCUGGUACAAAUGUCCAAGACUGGACAGGGAUGACGGGAAACACUCUGACUGCUCCUGUCCAACUUCAUAAAGAACAUUAUGGAAUACCCCUCUACUGGACAGUGAAAGCUAAAAAUAGCCAAGGUGAUUCCAGUAUAACAGAGUGUAAUCUACAAACCUUUGAUAACACCUUACCUGAUGGUAGAAUAGAUGAAUCCUAUCCCUAUACAAGUCAUACCAACAAGAUCAGUGGUAAUGUGGUGGUUUUUGAUGAUUCUGAGUUAGUGGACACUCAUUUAGAGGCUGUUGGAUUUACCAAAAGUCAAGGUGGAUCAGGGUCAGAGGUCAUUCCAUGGCAACCACUUAUUUUGAAAUCUUCUACAGAACGUAACAUAUCAAAGGCUAAUUCCCCACUAAAGUUCUUCACUAUCGGUAAAGAGGGGAAGUUAACCGCAGAGAAGAUUUCCAGUAGUAAAACUGAUCAUGUUGAGGAGUGUGCUCAGAAAUGUGUUAAUUUUGGGAGAAAAUGUGUUGCUUUCGACUACGAACAUCAUUCAGAAACCUGUGACCUCCAUGCUACUGUGGAAGGACCGAAUGCAGAGAUCCAUAUCAGUGGCACAUACAAAAACUAUGAACGACUUGGAGUGGGCUAUAGCUCUUUUAUAGAACAUAAUUUAGAUUUACAACAUGGUAUGGUAUACAUACUUAAUGCUGGGAUUAUAAAUAAACUUGGAUACAAAGGUUAUGUGUCGUCAGGAGGAACUAUGGUAGACCACACCCCUCCAGAGCCAGGACCUGUGGGCAGGGCUACUUUUGAUCAGACAAAGUUUGAUGGAUGUAAGGCUGCAAUCACACAAAGAUGUAUUGACCAAACUACUCUACCAAAUCAUAGAAAGAUAAUAGACGGACCUAAAGGUUCCACAGUAUUCAAUGGACAUGAAGGUGGAGUAGAAACACUGUACACACUGGCCAAUCAUUUUAUGUCAGCUAACUGGGAUGGCUUCAAUGACAAUGAGACAGGUAUCUUUGGAUAUACAUGGUCCGUUGGUACAACAGUCUGUGGAACAGAUAUUGCCACCUUCUCUGAUCCACAUGCUCACUUGUCUAGUCCUAAAUUCUGGACCAACACAGGAUAUGCCAGGAAUCUACAUCUGCCUGAUGGUCCCUAUUAUGUCACAGUCCAAGCUAUCAACAAUGUGGUCCAUGGUGGUGCCAUGUUAACAACAGUAUGUCACUCAACACCCAUCACGGUUGAUACAACUCCGCCCUUCUUUUCUAGAGGUGUGACAGAUGACGACAUUGUUUUUGACGAGGAUUUUAAUUUGAUGGCUAUGUAUUUUGAUACAUUUGAUACAGGAUCUAAGAUAAAGAACAUAGAUUUUGGUCUAGGACUAACAAAACAUGAUGUUGAUGUAAGAGGAUACUCCACAUUUGAUUUCAAAGAGAACCAAACUUUUAUUGUAAUUGAUGAUUUAAACCUAGCCUCAGGAGAACCUGUCUGGAUAAGACUACGAUCAGUUAACAAUGUGGGCCUGUUUACUACAGCACACAGUGACAACCCCAUCUUAAUAGACAGAACCCAGCCAGUAGCUGGCCAUGUUUUAGAUGGAGAAGUUAUGGAUGAAGACCUACAGUUUCAGUUUGAUAGCAGUAAAGUUUGUGUGCAGUGGAAUGGAUUCUAUGAUCCAGAGUCAGGGUUAAGCGAGUACCGAUGGGGAGUAGGAACAGAGGCCGGAAGAGAUGAUAUCUUUCCAUUUAAAAGUAAAACAUUUUCCCGUGAUGUGAAGGAUUCCUGUGCUGACAUACAACUACAACACAACCAGACAUAUUACUCUACUGUUAUAGCUAAAAAUAGUGCACUGAAUCCUAAAACUGUGCAGGGAUAUUCUAAUGGAGUACUUAUUGACACCACAGCACCUGUAAAAGGAUGGAUUGUGGAUGGGAAUACUGGAAAGUACCAUGACAUGAACUUUUCUUCAGAGACAGCUGAGAUCGCCUCAAUGUGGGGAGGAUUUAGUGACCCAGAAAGUGGAAUCGUCUCCUACAACCUCGACGUUUAUAUAAACAAUAAACUCUCACAAACAUUCCACAAUGAACUCAAGACAGAGUUUGUGGAUUACUCACUGAGUAUGAAACAUGGCGACCAUAUUUAUGUCAAACUGACAGCUAAAAAUGGAGCUGACAUUUCAACCGUCAUCAGAUCAGAUGGUUUCAUUAUUGACCAAACUCCGCCCAUUGUCAAAUACCUGUAUGACACAGAAGAUGGAAAACACUAUCAAAGUAAUGGCACAAGUCUAAAUCUGAAAUGGGAGUUUGACGAUCCUGAAUCUGGGAUGAAGGAGUAUCGUUAUUAUAUUGAGGACUUUCACCAAGGCCAAGGACAGAAGUUUUAUCCAAUAGGACAAGAGUACAUUACACUUCCCAUAGCUAAGAAAAAUAUUACAGCCAAUGUAGUUCUCUCUAACUUAAAUCUUCUAAGUGGACACAAGUAUUCAGUGAAGGUAGUGGCCAUUAACCAUGCAGAUAUGCCAACUUCUCAAGAAUCUGCUGGUGUUAUGAUAGACACUACACCUCCUGUUCUGGAGAAGAUUUAUCUUGGACUUGAGACAGCUGCUCCAGAAAUUAGUGAUGAUAAACGCUUUAUUGAACAUGAUGAUCAACAUAGUAUAACCUUGACCUUGAAGUCAUAUGAUUUCCAAAGUAGCAUUAUUAAAAGUUAUGUAGCAAUUGGUACUUCUUAUGGUGAUACAUCUAUAACCAAUGGUUUCCUGGAAUUUGGAGCUGAACCAAAGGUUAUCCUGAAUGACCUCAAUCUUAAACCAGCUACUGGAAAUGAUUCUGUAUAUUAUUAUGUCCAGGUCAAAGUUGAAAAUGGUGCUGGAAUGUUCUCAGAAAUAAAGAAUUUAUCAUUACCAAUUAAAGUUCUGAAGGACAAUAUUCCAGGUAAAGUUUUUGAUGGCAGGAGUGACCUUGAGGAUGCUGACUUUACCAUUGACAGAACUUCAGUGGGCAUGUCCUUUGUUGGUUUUGAAAGUGUACAAUGUAGCAUUGUUGGAUAUGAAUGGGCCAUUGGCAGCCAGCCAUUUUAUUAUGAUGUCCUUCCGUUCACUAGAUAUGGAAUAGUUCUAGUUAAUGAUACCCAUGGCAGAGGUCAGAUCCAUACAGAACUUUAUGAGGGAUCAACUUAUUAUAUAACAGUUAGGGCACAGACUGGACAUCUCUGUAAAGAGAAAUAUAUCCUGUCAUGCUCCAAUGGUUUCUCAUUAGAUACUACCCCGCCUGACAUUAGAAUGAUAAGCUUUGGAAAGGAAAAGAUCAAUCCAGAAACCAUCACAACAAGUUUGUAUCAGAAUAGAACAGAUUCACUUGAUUUCAGAUGGGAAUCUAAGGAUGCUUUCGGUGUUGUUAAGAACUGGUGGUCCAUUGGUUCUCUACCAGGGAAGCAUGACAUUCACCCAGUAACUGUUACUAAGGACAAUUAUAUACCAGCAGGAUCAGUCUCCUUUAAACAUGGACAGACAUUCUUCCUGAAUACUGGUGCUAUAGAUAAAGCAGGGAACCAGAGAGUUGUAUCUUCUCCCUCCAUAACUGUAGAUACCACCCUACCAGAGAUCUUAGAUUUGAGAUGUACGGGACAUAUAUCAGUUCUCAGGUCUCUUGUGGACUGUAAAUGGGAGAUGAUCAGGGAAUAUGAAAGUACCAUAAAGAAUUUCACUGUUGGAGUUGGAUCUGAAGAAACAAAGACAGACAUAUCACUCUUUCACAAGCAGGAUACAAAUAAACGUUCAUGGACCAGAGAUUUAUUGACAAGAAUUAAAAAAAAUAACCUAACAGAAAUAUACAUCAUCUUCAAGUUAGAAAAUGUACUUGGAAUGGCUAAAACAUUACCAUAUAAGGUCAUAGUGGAUAGAAGUAUACCCAUUGGUGGAAAAGUUGACAUUGUGACCAGUAUUGACUUGGAUGAACCAAUCAUAAAGCAGUAUUGUCAGAUACCUCUUAGCUUUAUUGAGUUCACAGUGAAUGGAUGGCAGGAUGAGAAUUCAGGCAUUGAGAGGUAUGAAGCCGCCAUUGGAGCAUAUGGAAGGACAAAAAAUAUCCAAGAUUUCUCUUCAAUUGAUGUUAAAGACAAAGUUUUGAUCCCUUACUUAAAUAUGGAGGAUGGCAGUGAUGUAACAGUAACAGUGAGAGCUUUUAACAAAGCUGGAUUAUAUAACCAGGUGACCUCUGACCCUGUGAUUGUUAGUCUGGUACCUCAUUUAACUGUAAUUGAUGGUACCAGUCUUGAGGACGAGGACUACCAGACGUCAUUGAAUGUCAUUCAAGGUUAUUGGAAGUAUUCAGACAGAUGUAAGAUUAAAUCUGCAGAAUGGUCUAUCGAGGACAUUGAAGGAAAUAUAUUACAGGAUUACCUCCCCUUGCUAGCAGCAAAUUCUCAUUUCUACUCUGAUGUCAUGAAUCUGACCAAUGGCUUUACUUAUAUUAAUAUUAUCAGAACAGUUGAUGCUCUAAAUAGGACAAGAAUUGCUAGGUCUGAUGGGAUAGCUGUAAAGAUAGAACCACCUGUACCAGGGACAGUUAGGGAUGGGGAGAGAGAUGAUUUAACUUAUCAAGAAUCUAUUCAUGAAUUAUCUGUUAACUGGGAUUCAUUUGGAGAUGCCAAGUCACGUGAUCCAACACAGAAGAUCAGAAAGUAUGAAGUUGCUAUAGGAACUGACAGAAGAUAUGCUAAAACCAGGAGCAAUGUACACUACUUUGUUGAGGUUGGACUGAACACCUCAUAUUCAUUCAAAAACAUGAACUUAACCGCAAAAACUGUUACAUAUUACAUGACAGUAAGAGGCUACAGCAAUGCUGGCAGUUACCAGGAAGAAAGCUCGAACGGAAUCAAAGUAGGCUACCAUGAUGAGAUAUUUCCUGGAUUGGUAGAGUAUAAUACAGUACAAUCUUACACUGAUAAACUCUAUGUAUCCUGGAGUGGAUUCCAAGCUGAUAUGGGCAUUGAUCAAUUCAGAGUUGGUGUUUCUACAUUUAAACCAAUACAACUGCCUAAUACAACACUUAAUUGUAAACAGUAUGAACAAUACAUUCCUGACUUUGAUGUGGUUCCUCUACAUGAUGUUGGUAUUGAUACCUUUACUGAAAUGAAGAACUUGACCUUAAUUCAUGGUCAUCAGUAUUAUGUUGCUGUUAUAGCUACUGAUUCUACACAAAGAUGUAUAGGAUCAUAUGGUCCCUCUGUAAUGAUAGAUGCCACGCCCCCUUCAGCUGGAGAAUUAUACUUGCCUGGUGGAAUUGGUCCAAAUGUUGCAUAUGUUUUUGGUCCACAGAGACUGAAAAUAUCUUGGACUGAAUUUAUGGACCCAGAAAGUUCUGUACACAAGUAUGAAGUCAAACUGUAUUCUGGAACCACAUGUUAUGAUGCUGGAAAACUCCCAGAAGAUGGCGUUAGUAGUAGUUAUUCUGUUAUGAGAUCUACUGAUGUAACCAGUGACCUUCAAACUGAAUUCUAUGAUUUAAGACUCAACCAAGCGUUUACCUAUGUUAUAACUAUUACAGCUGUAAAUGGAGCUGGACUGAAGACAACAGUCAGGUCCCCUCCAGUACGAUUAGAUAUAACACCACCUAUUCCUGGGGCUGUCAAAAUGGGAACAGAUUGGAAAUCUGACAUAACCUUCCAAUCUUCUACAAACAAGAUGGAGGGAAUGAUUGGGAUAGCUCAUACUAAAAAGGCAUCAGAAUGUCAGAGACAAGUUCAAGUCUUCCCAGAAUUCCAUUCACCAGUUCAGAUAGAACCAAUAGGAUUAGACUUUGAUUCAGAAUGUGUAGUGCAUAAAGACGAAACAUUAUCCUUGUUUAUUCGCCAUGAUGAUCAAUUACAGAAUAUUAUAAAAGGAGGUGUAAAAUUAUCCUCUCAGAAGAUCCUAGAGGGUAACUACAGUACCAUACUAAAAGCUGCACCUGGGAACCAGAUGGUAACUAGCUGGUUCCUGGCCUCUAAUUUUGAUAGUGUGUUCUCAGACUUUGUUUUCAGUCCCCCAGAUAAUGACAGCAAUGUGGAAAUGGAAGGUAUUGCAAACUCCGUAGCAGUCCCUAUAAUGACCAGUACUGCUAGAAGCAAAACAUUUACAGAAGUGAAUUCUGACUCCACAGAUUUCAUAACUACAGAUGAAUGGGAAGAGAAUACAACUGAUGAUGGAUUAAGUGACAAAACAGGGGAUUCUGAAAAUAUCACAGGUUUAUUUACUACAACAUUGAAUCCAGCUAUCACUCACCAAAUAAAAACAACCAAAGGUCAUGGGAAUAUUCAACCAAAUGGCUCUAAUGACUAUGGUACUGAGCUUUUUGAUCACUAUGGGGUUGGCUUCCACAUCCCUGGGUACCAGUUUAAUGGGAAAUGGUAUGGCUUCAUAUGGAUAAGAGACAAGUAUAAAACAAUCACACGACAAGUUGAACUUAAGUUUGACCCUACUGUGACUUAUAACAACUUUAUUGUCAAUCUGGAAAAGGUCAUGACUCCUAUUACUACAACUUGGAGUAUUCAGGUUUUUCUAAAUGGAGAAACCAUUGUCCAGUUUAGUGGGAUACAGUUUAAGGACAUUGGUGUCUCUGGGCUGUAUACUUGGAAUAAAGAUAAUUAUUUUCCUCCAAUUGAAAACAUAAUGGAUCCUUUCGUUGGAGAAGCUAUUAUAACAAGUCUGAAAAUACCAUUGCCUAAAGUUGAAAGUAUGAAAUGUGUAUACGGCACAGCUUUUUAUGAUGGCGAAAGUCAAAUAAAGGAAUUAUGGGUAGGAAUAUCAGAUUCUACAAACAACACAGAUUCUAUCGCUCCAAUGACGUUAUAUAGUUCAUUUUGUAUUCAGUGUCAAUCAGGUUGUAACAUUGGGUGUGAAAAGUCAUGUACAGAAAAACACACUGAAGAUUUCCAGAUAAUAGAUAUUGUUGUUAGAAACCUGUCACUUACAGCGGCUACAGUGGAGAAGUCAAACUACAGUUCUACCGACGGUAAUCAAUUCAAUGCCACCACAUACUAUUACAAUGUCAAAACUGUUAACUUUGCUGGACAGGAAACUGUGGUUCAAUCAAAGGGAAUUAUGGUAGAUACAACUCCUCCAGACUUGCAGUACGUGAGAUGUGUGGAUCCCUCUAACUCCAUGGAAGUUCCGACUACAUACCAGGGUACUAACAGUAGUAUGGGAGCUUAUUGGGAAUGUAGUGAAGAUGUGGGAGACAUUGUGGAUUAUAUCAUACAAAUUGGAUCUGAAGCAGGUACAUCUGACAUCAAGCCACCUGUUUCUGUAGGGUUCAGUAAGAAGAUUAAGGUAGAUGGACUGAGAGGUAAACUCCUGCACGACCAUAUCUAUUUCCUCACUGUGACAGCUGUUAACUCCGCCGGCCUAACUUCCCAGGAUUCCUGUAAUGUUACCGUGGAGAUCAUGCCACCAGAUGUCAGUAAUGUCACCCUGUCAUACAUGUACAGUGAUGAUGUUGUAGAUGAUACCAUAUUUACAGCAGAAGAGCAUGAUAUUGGUUUGGAGUGGGAGGGAGGCAAAGAGGAUGUGGCUUUUUAUGAAUGGGAGAUAGGAUCUGAGCCAGGAACAGAUGAUGUCUUCCCUAGAAUUAUGGUUGGUAUCACAGAAUCUAAGAAAGCCUUCAUCAGAGAUGGUAAACUAUGGAUUGAUGAGACUUCACUCAAUGCAUCAGUGGGAGAAUUUGCAAACACAACCUGGAAUAAUGAGACAAUGAAGGCUGCCAAAUUGAACACCUUCUUUAACCUGGAGCCUGGUAUAUGUGUCUAUGUUACAUUGUAUGCUGUAGGGAGAUCUCAUCUGUCAUCAACUGUUUACUCUAACCCAUUGUGUGUGAAACGCAAUGGAGAUUCUGAUCUGGAAUUUGGAACUCCUAACAAAAGAAAACGUGAAAGUAACAAGCUUCAUGGAGAAAUAAAAUUACAAGACACUACAACCAAAGUAUCUGCUGAUAUUAUUAUCAAAGGUAGAAAUGUGACCAUUUUGGCAGGAAUAUUGAACCAGACAGAUGUAACAGCUGAUUAUGGAACUGCUGCCUCAGCUAAAUAUACUAGAUAUCUUAUAGACCCUCUUACUAGGUGGGAGGAUACAUCUAGAUUUCUUAGACAUAGACUGAACCAGUAUGCUGGAUUGAUGUUUUAUUUAUCACCAUCAAUUUCAGUAGAAAGCUUGACAGAAAUCUGUAUCAAUGUAAAGUUUGACAGCAGUUUAUUUGAUACAAACACAGAAAUUCCUGUCCUGAUGUAUUGGGAUAACUAUGAUCAAUUAUGGAAGCACCCUACUGACACUUGUAAUGAUGUAGAAGAUAAAACAGACUUCGUCAACAAAGUUUUCACUACACAGGCAUGUAAAGAAGUCUUCUCAAAGACAACCGGACCUUCCACAAGGAAGAAAAGAUCUGUCCCCACCAAUGUACCAUUACCCAGAAUGUGGUCAUUAAUGGUGAUGUCCAGGAGAGCACCCAACACACCACCUCAUAUCACCACAUCAGAACUAUUUGUUAGUGAAGACAUGGAUGACCUCCAGGGCAAGAAUGGACAGAGAGCUAUACAGUAUGAAGACAGUGAAUCAGAUGAAGUAGAAUUCACAAUUCUCCAGCCACCACUCCAUGGACAUGCCAACAUUACAUCAGAUGGGACAAUUGUUUAUCUUCCAGAUAGUAAUUAUAAUGGAGCUGACUUUAUCAUUGUUAAAGUAGUAGAAACAGGACUAUUGCCGCCAUUCCAUCCACUGUCGGCUACCAGAAAUAUAACAAUUAACAUUACACCUAUAAAUGAUGCUCCAGUGCUUAUGCCGUUUGAAUCAGAAUUUAUAUUUGAAGAAACAGAAAUUCCUGGCAAAGGUUUGAAAUCAGUUCAAAUUUUAUUGGAUGGAAAUCUUACAAAGAAGUAUGAUUUGGGACAUGUGACUUUCUUGGACGUUGAUUUUGUAAAUCCUUCAAUUAAUGGAAUAAACUACACUAUGAGAAUGAACAAUACUUUACUCAGUAACUUUUCCUUUGAACCUAUCCAGUUUCAUGGCAUGCUUAAAAAGAAAUUAAAGCUGAGUCUUUCAGUUGACAAAACAUUUUAUGGAAGAACAGUGUUUACAGCCAGAGGAUAUGAUCAAGCCAGAUACACAACCAAAAACCUAGAGGUCAAUGUUUACAUCUUAAUUGCACCCUGUGUCCAUGGUAACUGCCUGAACAAAACAUUGACUGAAUGUGAUGACAUUGAGCGAGCUUCCAGUUUUGAGAAAUAUUCCUGUAAAUGUGACCGUGGUUAUACUGAUGAGUGGUGUCAGACAGAUAUAAAUGAGUGUGAUCCUAAUCCCUGUUCUGUGUUCUAUGAUUGUGAGGAUUUAAUUGGGUACCAGAAAUGUAACUUGAAUGUUGUCAAGACGAUCUUGUUGACCUUUGCAGUUUUUCUGACUCUGGUGAUGUGUUUCAUGUUGAUCAGACGAUUCUACAAGAAGAAAAGACCAAACAAAAUAGAUCCAGGUUCUAAUACAUGGAGUUUUGGAAGUGAGGACUUGGGUCAGAAGAAAGGAAGAUUUAUCAGACCAACAUCAGCAAGUUCUACUGAAGAUCUUGUUCCCUCCUGUACUGUUAGAGACAUUAACAUUGACAUUGGAAAAAAUCUUAUCCCCUUGUGUACAGUUAGAGAAAAUAAUGUUGGUAAUCAUCAAUCAUCUGAGGAGAAAGUAGGUAGCCACACAGAGAACAGCCCUAAGACUGGAAACAGAAUUGUGUUGUUAUCAGAGAAAACGAUGGAUAGUCUUACCAAAACACUAGAACCUAUCUCUACCUUGACUGCAACUAUUGGUCUUAGGGCACCACACCACAAGCCAUUAAGAAUGAAGACUGGUGAGAACCAUACCGACACACAACCAAACUAUGGGUUUUCCAGAUAUCUUGUUGACAACAGUCGUGAUAAAUCUGGACAAUUGGAAAUUCUUGUUUCUCCCAAAAGGUCUUCAAAAAACAAAACCAAGAAUGACCAAGCUGAAGAGAUUAGUUUUGAGAAGGAGCUAAAAAGUUAUUAAAUGGUACCUAAUUACAAAAAAACUAGUAUAACGUGUGUAAAAUAUUUCUGAACAAAGACAG